AUGCAUGAAUUUAUGGGUAAAAUCAAUGAUAACGAUGAUGGACUUAAAUUGAGAUUAGAACAAAAGAGUUCCUUGAAUAUGCACUUCUUGGACAUUAAUAUCCGGUUUAUGAAAAAACAUUUGUCAACAAGUGUUUAUAUUAAACCUACACACACCCCAUUAUAUAUACCAUCCCAAUCCAUGGAUCCAUAUCGGUAUAAGAUGGCAGCUUUCCGAGCGUUAAUAAGGAGAGCCUAUUUAUAUUAUGACCGAGUCGCUGACAGGGAGAAGGAGAUUGAUAGAGUAUUGCAGGUGGCCCGGACCCUGGGUUACAGAAAAAGUAUAAUUGUAGGAAUGCUUAAAAAGUAUGAAAGGGGCAUAGUAAAAAGAACUUUAAGGAAUGUUCCUACUAGGCUCACAAAAUUUACUUAUAAUAGUAGUAUGAAUAGUGUUAUGAAAGAAAUUGCUAGUCGAAAGGAAUCAAGAGUGGUUUUAAGAAGAGCCCCUAAUUUGUAUAAGAUCUUGAGAAAUGAUAAGGAUAGUAUCAAAGCGGAGGAAAAAGCAGGGGUGUAUAAGAUUCCUUAUGAGAACUUACAACUGGAUGUUAAAAAGAUUAUAUCGGCGUCACUACCAGAAACUUGGGAGUAA